AUGAGUGCCUAAUAAAUUUCAUGGCUUCUUCUCUUCCUGUUGAUCACUCAAGCUACUGCAAUAGAAAAUGAGGUUGUUCAAAAUUAAGUUAGAAUUCUCUCAGUCUCUACUAUACUUGAUAGAGAUAAUGCUUAAAGGAUGGGUUCAAUAAAUGGUGGUACUAGACUUUACAUUAAAAUGGUUGGUCAAGACUCAAGCAUGUCUUCUAAUAACUAGGUUUUUAUUGGCCCAUAUCCAUGUGUAAUUCCUGAAAUGGGUGUAAAUGAAAUUUUUGUUUCAUGUAUUACUACUCCUGCGUAUGAUAGCACUAAACAAUAGAAUCUUUCUGUUGUAGUUUAAGUUAUGAACAGAAGUAUUUCUCAGUGUGGUUAGUCUGAUUCUUCUUUGUGCACCUUUUCAUAUUCAGGAUCAUAUACACCAAUUCUUGACAUUAUCUUUCCUCGUGCAGUUGUUCCUAAAGUAGAUUUUUAAUGGUGGGGUACCUUUAGAAUAAGCAAUACCAACUAAAUCACUAAAAUGCUUGUUGGUAAUCUUUUAUGUGAUAGAUUUAAUUUAGGACUGAACGAAGACACAUCAUAUGAUGGCAGUUCAUACAAUUAGCUUACUUGCGAAAUUGAUUAUUCUCACCCUGCUGGUUUCUAUUCUUCUGAAUUCAUUUCACUUCCUGGUGAAGCAAACAAAUAAAGCCACUUAACUACUGUUCGUUCUACUACUCUCGACACUCCUUAUGAUGUACAGAUAGUUUCUUAGUAAACUGGCUCAGGAUAUUCUCAAAAUAUAACAUCUUAAGGUGGGUAGCUAACUAUUUAUGCAUCAAAUAUUCCUUCCAAUGCUUCAAAUGUAACAGUAACUUGGAAUAAUUCUCUCUGUGCUAUUAACGAAGUUAAUACUGAUUUUGGCUACUUCUCAUGUACUUUACCUGCUGGUUUGAGCAGCCCAAUUAUUGACUCUACACUCCGUUAUGAGUCUGGUUCUGGAGUACAUUUAUAAGCUUAUAACACAUCCUCAUGGGAUUUCUCGGGAUUGAUUAAGCAAUAUAAAAGUAAUCCUUCCUAAUUAUAAUUAGCUAAGGAAGCAAUUAUUCCUUCUACUGAAUAUUACUACAAUUAUGAUUCAAGAUAAGAUGGUCUUAAUAGAUAAUUUAUUGUCCUAUAAGGUUAUUUUAAUCCUCCAAGAGAUGGAAAUUACUACUUCCAUACAUCUUCAAGUUACUAUGCUUAAGUCUUACUUCAAUUAAAUGGUGAUAGCACAAACGAGUCCACAAUGACAGUCAUUAAUUCUAUUUCAUAAUAUGGUACUGAUCUUAGAAAUCCUUACUCCUCUUCAUAUGAUUUACAACAAUCCACCUCAGAUAACUUGACAAUAUCAUUAAAAUAAGGGUAAUCUUACUAUUUUAAGAUUUAUGCUCUAGCUUCAAGCUCUAAUAACUUCUAUCUUAGCACCGGUGUAAGAAUACCUGUUGAGGCAAACCAAAGGAAUCAAGACAACAUUUAUCCAAAUUCUGUUGGCUAAGUAUCAAGAUUUAAAAUUAAUUAUAACUACACCAAAGAAAAAGUGAAAAUAUCUUUUUCAGAUUUAAAUUCAGCAAAGAAAGGUAGCUUUGGAAUGAAUUUUAUAUCCCCUUUUGGGACUCAACUAAAAUCCUAUUCAAACUUAUGGGUGAUUACAUCUGAAAAAUAUAAUAGAGAUACUACAUGCUCUUAAAUUGUAGGGCAUUUCUCCUACUACGUUGGAGACCAAAGCACUUGCGUUUAAUCUGAAAUCUUAGAUUUGAACAAAAAUAAGAUUGGAACAACUUGGGAACUAACUUUCUUAUCUCAUCGCAAUUAUGAUGUCUAACCAACAUUCAAUUUUGAUUCUACUUUGUCAACUAAACCUAUCUACACGGUUGUUGUACCAGCUGGUUAACCAUUAUCAGGAACUUUCCGUAUGAAAAUUAAUGGAAAUUAUGUCAAACAUAAACAAAAUCCUGAUAUUCCUUUUAAUAUUUAGGGAUCAGACCUAUGUGGAGCAUUAUAGCAAUCAUUGAAUUCUACAAAUAUUCAUUGCACUCAUAAUUUAAAUUUUAUUGAUGGUUCUGAGUGGAUACUUGAUUUCUAUGGUUUUGCAAGUCCUAUACUAAUAGAAGGUGUUUUAGCAGAGUCUAAACUUAUUGGAGAACCUGGAACUAUAACACUUGUAGUUGACACUCUUAGAGCUGCCUCUUCAUCUUACUUAAACUAUCCAGCUAUAGAAACCGAAUUGUUAACUCAACGUUCUACUUUACCCUAUGCAAGUAUAAGAGUAAACGGAGUUUUGACUCUAGCUUCCUUAACUAAUUAACAAUUUGUUGUUAACUUGCUAGAUGACUCUUAAGCAUUAACAUACUCUAACUUCACAGAUGACAAUUCUUCGAUCCUUACAAUCUCUGGAAUUACCGCUCUUGGCUAUACUCCUUCUGUUUCUAAUUUUAAAGUAUAUUAUAACGGAGUUUAAUGUAAAAUAACUACUUCAUCUUCUGCAUCUUUCUCAGGUAUAAUUAAUGCAGUGUAUCCUUAUAAGAUUGCAGGUAGUUAUAAACCAGUAGUUCUUUACUCAUCAAAAGGUGUUGCAGUCUCAAAUGGAGUUAAUCCAAAAACAACAUUUCCAAUUAUUAAUUCAAUAAGUACCAAUACUAUUUACAGCUUUGGUGGUACUACUUUAACAAUAAUUGGUUAAUAUUUCCCUACCUCUGCUGAUAAUAAUUUAUCAGUAACAAUAGGGUCCGUUUCUGCAACUAUCCAAUCUUCUUCUAAUACCUAGAUUGUGAUUAUAACACCUGCAGGCCUAACAGAAGGUACUGCAAAUAUUAUUGUUUCAUACAAUGGAUUUACCAGUAACCCAUUAAAUAUUAAUAUUAAUAACAGUGGAGCUAUAACUAUCAAUGCAAUUGAUAAAACAAUAGUUUCACCUGUAGAUAAAACUCUUAUCACAGUCUCAGGUAGUAAUUUUGGUACAGAUGAAACCAAGUUAACAGCUUAUUUAGACUCUGUUGACUAAGGUGGAAAAUUAUUAAAGUAUGCUUAAUACAAUGUGAAUGUAGUUAAAGCAAAUGGAAAUUCAGCAUAGAUUUUAUUAGGUGGAGGUUUACCAGGUUACUACUAACUUAGAAUUGUCAAGAUAGGAUUAGGAAGUAACAAUCCAGCAGGAGCUACUAAUACAAUUUAAUACAAUAUUAUAUUAAACUCAUUCAGUCUAAACAAAGUUUCUGCUUAUGGUGGAGCAUAAUUAGUUAUAAAUGGAUUAAAUUUUGCAACUACUGCUUUCAAUGAUAAUUAAGUUUUAAUAAUUUAUCAAGAAGGAUACUCAGAAUUCUGUAUCAUAACAGCUGCAACUUCUUCAUAAUUGACAUGCACUCUCCCUAAUAUGGUAAAUUAUAUCUCUUCUGGAGAGACAUAAAAAACAUAUACUGUAGAAGUUUGGGGUAAACUAUUAGCCUAAGCAAUAAUAAACUAAACAUCUCCUUUUAAUCCUUAAAUUACUUUCGAUCUAAAUUUAUCGCUACAAGUUACUUCGAUUAGUAGCUAAUAAUAAAUUUUCAAUUAACAAUAUGCUGUUUUAGGUAGUAAUUUCCCAACAGGCGCUGGAGCUUUCUCUGUUGUUGUGAUAGGCUAAGAAAACAUCCAUGUUUAAAUUAAUUCAGUUAAUUCUACUGCUGUUACAUACACACUUCCAAAUUUACCUUAAGGAAACUAUUCUAUAACUCUUCGUACAAGUAACGGUGACAGUCCAUAUUUAUAAAUUUAAGUGAUUGAAUAUACCUAUCCUCUUUCUAAUCCAUAACUGUAUACUGUUUCUUCUGCAGGUGCAGAAAUAACCCUCACCAUGUCUGGUAAUGUACCAAACUAAAAUCCUGCUUUCAAAUUUAAUGGAGUUUAAGCAACUCUCAUUUCAUAUAACAACUCUACAGGUUAGGUUUUAAUUAGACUACCCCCCUCUUCAGUUGGGUCAAAUAAAUAACUUCUUUCUAUAAGAAGUACUUUAGUGCCACUAGACAAUUAAGGAAAUUUACCAUGGAUUUCACACAAAAAUUCAUUCACUGCUAUUGCUGCAACCUGGUAGGUUUCUAAUAUCUAAGUAAGUGGUAAUAGCAUUACUAUAACUGGUACAGGAAUUAAUAACUUGAGAACUGCUUAUUUGUAAUAAUCAAGUAAUAAUGCAUAAAUAUACUCUUCAAGCAUUAGCUCUUAAUCUAGCUCAAGUGCAGAUAUUUCUUUUGCUAAUGCCCCUGCUGGUGUUUACUAGUUAUAUCUGCUUGACUCUUCUAAUAAUUAUCCAACUAUCUAAAAUAAUUAAGUUGUAUUCCCUCUUGCUGGCCUAACUUCUCGUCAAGUCACCUCAUCCUAUGCUGGUGGCUAAUAAUUCAUAAUCAAUGGUAAUGGAUUUAAUACUCAAAACUUCAAUUAAAAUGCAGUAACAAUCUGUGGUAAUUAAGCUAGUAUAUUAAAUGUUACAACUUCUACUCUAAUUUUAUCUACACCACCUGCCUAUUCUGCCUUUUCAAGAAACAAUUAUUAAUUCCCAGCAGAUAAUAUAAAUCCUUUGAGCGGCUUCACUACAAUUAGUGAUGAUCCUAAUGGAAAUUCUUAAUAUUUAAAUGACGGUGAUUUACUUUUCUAUUAUUCAAGCUCUAAUGCAUCUUCUUGUUAUUGUGGUUUUAACUUUGGAAGUUCCACCUAGGUCAUCUUAAGUAAGUUUUAAUUAUAUCCAAGGUCACAAGGUGUAACUGAUGCCUCUGCAUUCUUCGGAACAUAAUUCUAAGCUUCUGUUGAUGGUACAAAUUGGGUUACUUUACUUACAAUCGGAAGUGAUUUCCAUUUGGGUAAAAAUAUGUAUUUGAUUGAUACAUUAAUAGCUACAAAUCCCUCAAAAACUAAUGAUUUAAAGGCUGCUUAUUAACAAUUUAGAUUAUACGAUUCAAAUGGCUAAUCAAAAUGCUAGCUUGUUGAAAUCCAACUCUUUGGGUGGAAGUAAGGCACUUAAGUUGAAAGUGGUAAUACUCUUUCUUGCCCUGUUUAAGUCUAAGUCAAUGGUUCUCCUGCUUUUAGUUUAACUAAUAAUGUCGUUUAUGAUUAAACAAAGACUUUUAUUGUGAAUAGUAUUACUCCAAACUAUGGUAGUAUCAAUGGCGGUACUUCAAUAUCUAUAUCUCUUGACAGAGCUCCUGAAAAUGGUUCAACUGCAACUGUUACUAUCGAUGGGAUAAUCUGUAAAAAUCCUGCUAUAUCUUCUUCAACAAUUACUUGCGUUAGCGGAAUUAAGUAAAACACUGCAAGCUCGUCUUUGGUCGUUUAAGUAAACUAAUAAAAUGCUGUAAAUAAUGGAAUUAUAUUCUAUUAUGGCUAUUUGUGGUCUGAUCCUAAUACUUGGGGUGGAAGCUUUGCUCCUAUAGCAGGUGAUUUAGUUUAUGUUGCAUAAGGAAAGAGCAUAAUUAUAGAUGUACCAUAUAUUGGUAUCUUAAACACAAUAGUUGUUUCUAAUGCUAACCUCAUUUUUGCUAAUGACAAAAAUAUCCAUUUAGAAGCUUACAAUAUUUUAGUAUAGAAUGGUAAUGUUAUAAUUGGUACUUAAAGUUCACCUGUAACUGGAAAUAUAAGGAUCACUAUGCAUGGUAAUAUAAAUGACUAAUAAUUCCCCACUGUUGGUAGCAAGGGUCUUUCUAUAUAUAAUGGUAGCAUUGAUAUCCAAGGUAAACCGCGUGCUGUUACAUGGACAGAGCUUUCACAAACUGCUAAUAUUGGAGAUAACAGUAUUCAAGUUUUCCUUAAAGAUUCUGCUUUUGAUUGGUAAAUAGGUGAAGAAAUUGAUGGAACAACUGCAACAAUAAGUUUCUUUAAUCCCUUACUUGCCUAACAUGUUAGUGUUUCAAAUGAGUAAUAUGCUAGUGGAUUAUUCAGUGUUAAUAUGAGAGCAGAAGUAGGUCUUUUAACUCGUAAUGUAGUUUUUGAAGGUGAUGAUUCUUCUGUCUAAACUCAGUAUGGUGCUCAUUUAAUGCUCCAUGGUUCGCAAACAAGUGCUCGUAUUAGAUUCGCCGAAUUCAGACGUACAGGUCAGCCAGCUAUUAUUGGUAGAUAUCCUAUACACUUCCAUAUGGUUGGUGAUGUUUCUGGUUCUAUAGUUGAAGGUAAUGCAGUCCAUGACUCAUUUGCAAGAGUCCUUACAAUCCAUGCAACUCAUUACCUCCAUGUCAAAAAUAAUGUUGGUUUCAAUUGCGCAGGUCACAACAUUUUCCUUGAAGAUGGUAUAGAAACAAACAACAUAAUUGAGUAGAAUCUUAUUUUAGGUACAAAGUAAGUUUGGUCUAUGCUCUAAUCUGAUAUUACAGCAGCUUCUUAUUGGAUAACUAAUCCUCUAAACUAUGUAUUCAAUAACAGAGCAGCAGGUGGAGAUUUUUAUGGUUUCUGGUAUGAAAUUAAAGAACACCCUGAUGGACCUUCUGCUAGAAAUGAUAUUUGUCCUCAAGGUAUGGCUUUGGGCUAAUUUACUAAUAAUAUUGCCCACUCAUAUGAUCGUUUUGGGUUGAGAAUAUUUGUUUUGACUAACCUUUAAUAUCCAUGCUAACCUUAUAGAGAUGAUAGCUAACCUAAUCCCUUUGUUAAUAAUACCUCCUUCUUAACCACUUGGUCUAAUUUUGUUUCAUAUAGAAAUAAUGAAGACGGUGUAUUAGCUGAGAAUGUAGGCAAUAUGGUCUUUAAUAAUUUCACUUUAGUUGGUAAUAAAUAAUCAGGUUUUAAUGUUUACUUGACUAACAGAACUGAUGAAUAUGUCAUUCUACAAAAUUCUCUUAUUGUUGGUUAAUCAACUGGAAAUCCUGCUUUAAUUUCUGAUUUGCAAAAUACCUAUGGCGCUAUCACUCCUCGUACAGAUGGUUAUAAAAUUUAAAAUGUUCAUUUUGCUAACUUCAUUCAAAAUAUGACAGUUUUCAAAUCUUGCUCAGGUUGUUCAAAUUUCAUGUUAUGGGUUUAGGGUGGUAAACUUACUUUAUUUAAAGGAAUUAGCUAUGAAAAUAUAUCAACAUCUAACUUUAUGUUUUGGGAAAAUUGGCGAAGAGAAAUAUAUCAAGAUUUAGAUGGAACAUUAACAGGAAGAGGCUCUCAAGUAUGGGUUACUCCAGCUGGACCUCAUCUCGUUAACUAGACUGACUGUUCAACAAGUUAAGAUGAAAAAACUAAAUGGAAUAAUGCAGUUAUAUGCAGCUCUCAGAUAGUUAGAAUUGAAUUUAGUAAUCCAGUGGAUCCAUAUGAAUUUUAAACAAAAUCUCUAUUUGUUCUGCCAUGUGAUAAUACUGGUAAGGCUAUUGGAGGAGAUUAAAUUUCAGAUUACUAUAUAUCUCAGACUUAAAGAAUUUUAAAUCCUGCUGGUGAUCUUACAGGUGGUUUUGUUGGUACCUUCUUAGCUGGUUAAAUAUUCUAAGUUCAAUGGGAAUUAUCAUAGAUUGAUUUCACUCAUUUUAGUGUUGGACUUUCUCCUUAUCACUCAGGUAGUACUGCAGCAGACACCAUAUUAAUCAAAUUCCCUAUUAAGGAUUACAGAGAAACAUGGUAAAACUUCUAAAUGAUUACCAAUAAGAAUGUUCGCCCUUAUUAAAAUGUUACAGCUGACUAAGAUCCAACCGCCCUUACAACUAUGAAGAGUCUGAACUGUAAACAUGGCGACUGGUACAAUGAUAUUGCUGGACAAGCAAUGUGGUUAUGUUUAAAUGCUAAUGGAAGACCUAAAGCUACAACUAAUUAAUAUUUAGAAAGAGUUGAUCUUAAUGCUCUGAGCUGUUUAGUUAACUGUCCACUCCCUCCUUUCAAAUGCAAAAAGGAUGGAAUUUCAAGAAGGAUAAGCAAUCUUGCUACUUGGUAAGGUAUUACUUUUGAUGGUAACCAAGGCAUUGUGCUUAAUACUCAAGGAAACAGUACCUUAUAUAUUCCUUGCCCUUGGGAAGUUGUUGUAGACUAGGAUAUAACCUAAUAUACAUAAAUUAUAGUUGAAGGUAACUUACGUGUUGAUCCUACAAAGAAUAUUAAUGUUUAAGCUAAUGGAAUAUGGCUUAGAGGUGGUAUGUUCAUAGCAGAAGGUGCUACUCCAGGUACUCCAUACACAAACAAUUUAACAAUUAUUCUUACAGGAGAUAGAGAUUAGCAAACCUAAUUUUUAGUAGACUCUUAGCUAGAUGUAGGAAAUAAGGUAAUUUUUAACACUGGUAAUUUUACUCUACUUGGUAACCCUCCAGCAACAACUUCUACUCGUUUAGCUGCUUCUAUCAAUCCUGGGGAUACAUUAAUUAAUGUUGUAAGUGCAAGUGGUUGGAGUGUAGGUGAUAUAAUAGCAGUCGCACCGACCUAGCUUGAUGCAAAGGAAAAUGAAGUAUUUAGUAUUUAAUCGAUAAAUGGAAAUACAAUUACCCUAAACUCUACAGUCUAAUUCUAUCACUUUGGCGCAUCAAGUGUAACUCUUACGGAAACAUGGGGAAGCUAUUCUCAAGAACUUGAUCUUCGUGCACAAGUUCUUCAUCUCACUCGUAAUAUUAAGAUUGUAGGAGCUCCUGUUAGCUAAGGUAUUCCUUGGGGUUGUAGAGUUUUAAAUCAUUAUUGGGAGAUAGUAUCUGAUGGCAGUGGCAAUCCUCUUCCUGAUUUGAGAUAACUUCAUUUACGUGGUAUUGCAACUUGGAAUGGUGUAGAAAUGAGAAAUUGUGGUCAAGCAGACUCUUCUCGUGGUGGUCUCGAUUUCCUUUAUGAUGGCUCUGACAGUGAAAAUUAAAUAGUAAGUGUUGUCUCUAAUUCAAGUUUCCAUGAUUGUAAUGGGUAUUGUGCUAAUAUAGAGUAAUCAUCUAAUAUAAAAUUGAUAAACAAUAACUUCUUUAGAGGAAAACCUAUUUUUAUUAGAUUUUACUAAUCAACAUAUAUUGCUUUAACAAAUAACCAUUUUGUUGCAGCUCUUGAGCGCGAAUAUUCUUAUGACUCAAGUAAUAUGGCUUAUGACAUGAAUACAGCAAUCUACUUCUUAUCUACAUAAGACCCUGUAGCUGAUAAUAUUCUCAUUAAUAAUAAUCAAGUUUAAGGUUCUUAAGGUCCUUGUCUAGCAUUAGUACAUACUCCUUGUACUAGUGUAUCUAAUAUUUCAACAAGUGUUGGCAUCUGGGGUAACUAAGCUUCAACAUGCUUAGUAGGAUCUUUAUUCAAAUCUUCACUAUCAGGUUGUUAAUGGGCAGGUAAAAUUGCAGUUGCUCGUUCUGUUAAAGGUAUUAUGGUUAAUCCUGAAUAGCCAGGAAUCAUCGUUGAACAUGUUUUAGCUGCCGAAUCCAACCGUUCUAUCAUUCUUCGUUUUGCUAAUUAAGGUUACAGAAAUGUAGGCCAAUUCUAAAAUUCUUCUGUUUAUGCUGUAGCUAUAACUAAUGAUCCCACAGCUUACGAUAGUAGUUAAAAGGCCAAAGUCUGUUAAGGUGGUUCAGGUACUUAAAACUUGGUUGUUACUGAAAGUGGUGAGAAUUAUCCACUCAUAAUGUCUCCUCUUUCAUUUGAUGUCAUUUGCACAUCUGCUGUUUUCGACUCAUCUCUUUACUAAACAAAUGUCAAAUACGUUAACUUUAAGUAAACUUAUUCAGAUGCAAAUUUAAGCAACUGUAGAGAUAACCACAUGAUGGCUACUCAUCCCAGUGCAUCAGAUCACACUGCUGGUACUUAUAACAGUAAUGUUACAUGUGUUAAUUGCAAUGUAGAUGCAUAUUUUAAUUUCAUGUCAGCUGACCCUGGUUGGGCAGGCUGGUUAGGAGGCUGUGGACUCUUCAUAUGUACAGGACCAGAAAAUGUUUUAAAUGUUGAUUUUACUGGUAGUCUUUUCAAUGGUGUUCCUACUACAGGUAUUUCACACAAUUCAGGUAUAGCUUCUAAAAGUUGUACUGCUUAGCCAAAUUGGAAUAAUGCUUAUUCUUGUAAGGGUACUGAUUAUGUUUAGCUUGAAUGGUAAUCAGAAGCUGCUGACCAUAACCUAAGAUCAACAGCACCAUGCAUGAUAACAUCACUAGAUUAAACAUACAGCAACAAGAUAAAUAUGUUUAAAGAAUGGUAAUGGGAUGGAAGUGAGCCUAAAAAUUUGAGAGAAAAUAGAUACUACGCUACUGUUCUUACCAACACUAUUUACAAUAUUGCUUAUAAUGGUCUAAAUCCUUACAACAUUAUACACAGAAUAUAGUAGAGAACAAACGAUAAUGUCGGAGAACCUAAUAUUUGGGUUGUUUUCACAUUAUAGUACUAAGUUCCAAAUAAUAUAGAAGUCUCAGUUGAUGGUUCUUCAGCAAUUGUUCCUUAUAUUCCUUCUGACAAUAUUGAUCUUACAACUAAAACCAACACAUGUGGUGCAAAUAUUUACAAUUAUCGAACACGUACUGUUCAAUUUGUAAUAAAUGGGGCUGCUAACUGCUUAGUUCGUGUAUAAGUUCUUGAUACGGUUCGUCUCAAUAUUAGUGUUUAAAUAUCUGUUAAACAGUUCUUCCAAAAUAAUAACAAGUUUAGCUUUAUUUCAGCCGUAGCCUCUUUCUUAGGGAUAUAAGACUAUUCUCGCAUAAAAGUUGUUGGUACUUCUACUAACAGCAGAUUCUUACAAAAUGGAUAGGCUUCUUCUUCCUCAUCAGCAAGUUCUAAUGGAUUUAAUCUAAUACUAGAUAUAACAGACAAGCGUUCCUAAUCAAGCUAGAUAGACCCAAAUAUAGUACAUUAAGACCUCGUAAAUAAAGCUGCAUAGCUUUAGGCAGGCCUAGAGAAAAAUUCAGUCUCUGGAUUAUCUCCAAACACAUACUCAAUUAUUUCAUCAGAAGUUUAUGUGUCAACUAAUUCUGAAGGUGGUAUCUAUGGUCAAAAUGCCAAUCCUAAUACACCAAUAGUUAAAUAAUCAUCUUCCGACUCUAAUACAACCUUAGCAAUAGUUCUUGGUAUAGUUAUUGCUUUUAUUGUCGUGAUUAUAGUUGUUGUUGGUUACUGUGCUUACAAGAGAUAUAAAUUAAAAUAGAUUAUGUUAAAAGUUUAAAACGCAGAGGUUGAUCAUUCAAUUGAAAUUGAACAUGAACCAAAUUAAAAAGAAGCUGUUAAGGCUGCUCCAUCUAAUAUUAUUGCAUUAGAUCCAUCGGCUGACUUUUUACAAGAAAAAGACAAUAUCUUUUCAGCCCCAUUCUAAUGUUGA